UCGUCAGUUGUACUGCAGUUAUAGCAAGAGCAUAUACUAACUAGUCUUUACAGAGAUGGAGAAUCCGAUUACAAACAAUCAAGUGCCAUACAAAGAGGAGAAGAAGAAGAAAGCCAUGAAGAGAGCCCUACUCUUGGUGAACUGCACAAUAUUAGCCAUAGGCAACUCCGGUGGUCCACUUUUGAUGCGGUUUUACUUUCUGAAAGGCGGAAAGAGCAUUUGGCUUUCAAGCUGGUUAGAAACUGGUGGUUGGCCAUUUAUCAUGAUCCCAAUCAUAGUUUCAUAUUUUUACCGUCGAAGCAAGGAAGGCCCCGGGGCUAAGCUCUUCUCUAUAACACCUUUCCUCGUUCUUCCUUGUGCUGUUGUCGGCGUUCUCACUGGUGUAGACGAUUAUCUGUAUUCCUAUGGUGUUUCCCUUCUCCCUCUCUCCACCUCUGAGCUUAUAAUUGCCUCUCAGUUGGCCUUUACUGCUGGAUUUGCUUAUAUUCUAGUCAAGCAAAAGUUCACUGCUUUUACGGUCAACGCAGUGUUUUUAUUGUCUGUUGGAGCUGUAGUGCUAGCAUUUCAUACUAACUCUGAUCGCCCGGCACAUGUUACUACCAAGGAGUAUUGGGUGGGAUUCUUUAUGGUACUUGGAGCAGCAGCAUUAUAUGGGUUUGUUCUACCACUGGUUGAGCUGACAUACAUGAAAGCCAAGGAGGUCAUUACUUAUUCUCUAGUCAUGGAGAUGCAGAUGAUUAUGUCCUUUUUUGCUACUGUUUUCUGCACCAUUGGGAUGCUUUUCAACGACGACUUCAAGAAAAUUCCAGGAGAGGCAAGAGAGUAUGAGUAUGGGCAAACCACAUACUAUGUGAUGCUUGUGGUGACUUCAAUAGUUUGGCAAUUGUUUUUCAUGGGUGCAAUUGGAGCUAUUUUCUGUUCUUCGUCAUUGCUUUCUGGUAUUAUAAUUGCUACUCUGCUGCCGGUGACAGAGUGCUUGGCGGUUGUGUUCUACCAUGAGAAAUUUCAAAUUGAGAAAGGGCUCUCUCUCACUUUGAAUCUCUGGGGUUUUCUCUCUUAUUUCUACGGAGAGCUUCAAGAAAGCAAGAAAAAGCAGCAGCAGCAGACAGCAGAACCAGAGUUGCCUCAUUGACAUUUGUCCAUGAUCACACAACUAGGAAUUAUACAUCUGCUUUAGAAGGUAUUGAAUAAAAAUUAUGCAUUUAUCUAUUUUCUCCUUUUAGUUUACACAAAUGAAAUUAAUAUUUCCGGCCGAGUUUCUCUUCUUUGAGUAAGAGCAAGCGUGCCCUGUCCAUUUUUCUUGCAAAUGAUGGAUGCAUCAAUUAACCCCUAAAUUUUGGGAUUUGAUGAUAUGUUGAAUCUAUAUACCUUGCUAUCCUUCAUUACUGAAUCUGUUGUUCAAAAAUACCAUUUUAGAUCAGGCUAACACAGUCUACCGAUUAAUGAUA